CAGACUACUAGGCAGUCUGAUAGAGUGAGAAAAAAGAAGGCAAGGGUUGAGUGAAGUCAAAACUGAAAACUGAAAACCCCACCCAAAGAGAAAGGAAUAAGAAAAUCAAGUUAUUAUGCUGAGAGCAAUGUUUCGAUUGAGUUCUACCACCACCACCACCAUGUUCUCUUCUACUUCUACUUCUUCUUCAAUUUCUUCUCUCAGAAACCCUAACUUUCUCUUCCCUUCUUCAACUCCGUCAUCUUCAAUUUCCUUCUCCAACAAUCGAAUCUCCCUUCGAUGCCUCGCCACUCGUCCUAUCCACGUCAUCAAUCCCAUCGUCGAAAUGGACGGUGAUGAAAUGACCAGGAUUAUUUGGAAGAUGAUCAAGGAUAAACUUAUAUUUCCUUACUUGGAUUUGAACAUAAAGUAUUUUGAUUUGGGGAUUGAGAAUCGCGAUGCUACUGAUGACAGAGUUACUGUCGAAAGUGCUGAAGCCACUCUUAAGUACAAUGUUGCUGUGAAAUGUGCAACCAUAACCCCUGAUGAGACCCGAGUCAAAGAAUUUGGACUGAAGUCUAUGUGGAGAAGCCCCAAUGGCACAAUAAGGAAUAUUUUAAAUGGUACUGUAUUUCGUGAGCCCAUAAUAUGCCGCAAUAUACCCAGAAUUAUUCCUGGAUGGAAAAAACCCAUUUGUAUUGGCAGACAUGCUUUUGGUGAUCAGUAUCGUGCCACUGAUACAAUAAUCACAGGACCGGGAAAGCUUAAGCUGGUAUUCGUCCCAGAAGAUGGUGACACUCCAGUGGAGCUUGAUGUUCAUAAUUUCAAAGGCCCUGGUGUAGCCCUUGCUAUGUAUAAUGUUGAUGAGUCUAUUCGAGCAUUUGCUGAAUCAUCCAUGUCACUGGCAUUUGCAAAGAAGUGGCCACUUUACUUGAGCACCAAAAACACAAUUCUCAAGAAAUAUGAUGGCAGAUUUAAAGACAUAUUUCAGGAGGUGUAUGAAGAAAGGUGGCAGCAAAAGUUUGAAGAACACUCAAUAUGGUACGAGCAUAGACUAAUUGAUGACAUGGUGGCAUAUGCGCUCAAGAGUGAAGGUGGAUAUGUUUGGGCUUGCAAGAAUUAUGAUGGCGACGUCCAAAGUGAUUUACUUGCUCAAGGAUUCGGUUCAUUGGGUCUCAUGACUUCUGUGCUGUUAUCUUCUGAUGGCAAGACAUUAGAAGCUGAGGCAGCUCAUGGAACUGUAACUCGGCAUUUUCGAUUUCAUCAAAAGGGACAAGAAACCAGUACAAAUAGUAUUGCUUCCAUUUUUGCAUGGACACGAGGACUAGAACAUAGAGCCAAGCUGGAUAAUAAUGAAAAACUACAGGAUUUUGCCCAUAAGUUAGAGGCUGCAUGUGUUGAGACAGUGGAGUCAGGAAAGAUGACCAAAGAUCUCGCUAUUCUGGUUCACGGUCCAAAGGUAUCGAGGGAAUUUUACUUGAACACCGAGGAAUUUAUUGAUGCUGUGGCGGGUAAUCUUCAGAGAAAGCUCCAAUAGCCUGCAAUGGUCUAACAUACUGUUUUUCUUUGUAUUUGUUUUUGGAAAAGCUAAGCAACGAUUUGAUGGAUGCCUAAUUUUUUAUCAUUGACAUGGGUUGAAAUCCUAGGCCCUAGAAUCUUAAGAAAGCUUGAAAUAGAGGGAGGGGCCUAUAUUGAUAAAAUGGAUAAUUAUUCUUUGGGUGGCUUCCCCAUUCUUACACUUCUGUAAUAGUUUUUUUGUUGUUAGAGAAACACUAUUGUAAUAGUGAAACAAUAAUUAUCAGCUGAAUUUGAAAUUCAGAUGAAGAAAUAUGAUUGUGUAGAAUUGAUGCCUUA